AUGGCGGCGGCCGGCAGCGCGGAGGGUGCAGGCGACAGUCCCGUGCCGUGGGCCGAGGUGCGGGCGCUGCUGCCCCGCGCCGAGGAGGAGCUGUCCUUGGCGCUGAGCGGCGAGGUUGAGGACUGCGUCCUGCUGCUGCUGCGGCGCGCCCGCGCGCUGCUCUACGGCGCGGCGGGCCGGCCCGAGGCGGCAGCGGCGGCGGCGCUGGAGCGCCUCAGCGACGUCCUGCGCGACUACUCCUGGGAGAAGCUGAACGCGGGGCCAUGGAGGGAGGUCGGCAAGGGCUGGCGCCAGGUCUACGCCUACGGCUGCCUCUUCGGGGCGCUGGCCGAGGUGGCCGCGGGCCGCCCGCUCGCGCGCGCCGUGCGCUUGUGCGACCUGGGGCUGCUCAUGGGCGCGGCCGUCCUGGACAACGUCCUGGCGCGCCUGGUGCGCGCGCUGCAGCCGCACCUGCCCCGCGCGGCGCCGCGCGCCCGACCCCGCGCCGAGGUAGCGCCCGCGAACACCCCCCCCGGCCCGGCUGCUGAGGGGAAUCUUCCGCUGCAGAGGGUCCGGCUGCUGCCGCCGCCCGCCGUGCAGCCGGAGCAGGUGAUUCCGCACCUUCACUGUCCUUCGCUGGAGCACUUCAGAGACAGCUAUCUCAUUCCUCAGCGGCCCGUGGUCCUGGAGGGCGUCAUUGACCACUGGCCGUGUAUGAAGAAGUGGAGUGUGGACUAUUUCUGUCAAGUCGCAGGGUGCCGCACAGUCCCCGUGGAGUUGGGUGCUCGGUACACAGAUGAAGAAUGGUCUCAGCAGCUCAUGACUGUCAGUGACUUCGUCAGCCAGUAUAUCAUGGCUGAGAACAAUGUAGGAUACCUUGCCCAGCACCAGCUUUUUGAUCAGAUCCCAGAACUGAAAGAAGAUAUCAGUAUCCCUGACUACUGCUGCUUGGGGGAAGGUGAAGAAGAUGACAUCACCAUUAAUGCUUGGUUUGGUCCAGGAGGCACAAUCUCACCUCUUCAUCAGGAUCCCCAGCAAAAUUUUUUAGCCCAGAUAUUUGGAAGAAAGUAUAUCCGUCUCUAUUCACCACAAGAUUCAGAAAACCUGUACCCCCAUGAAAGCCAGAUUCUUCACAACACUAGUCAGGUUGAUGUGGAAAAUCCAGACUUGGUCAAGUUUCCAAAUUUCACAAAGGCUGCAUUUCAGUCCUGCAUUCUGAUGCCUGGACAGAUUCUGUUUAUUCCAGUUAAAUAUUGGCACUAUGUGCGAUCACUUGAGCUCAGCUUCUCUGUUAGUUUCUGGUGGUCAUAG